AUGAUAUCAUCUGUAAUGAGACUUGUUGAUAAUAAUGCAUUAAAACAUACUGAAACAGCUGUAGUGACACGUUGUGCACUUUCAUUAAUUGUUGCUGGAUUAAAAUAUGGAAAACCAAAUAAACCAUCUAAAGGAAUUUUUGGUAUUGAUAAUGAAGAAGAUUAUAUUCCAAAUGAUUUUAAUGAAAUUUAUCAACAACUUCUUAAAGGAAUUGAAGAUGAUACUCUUAAACAUUCUAAAAUAUCAAGUAAACAUUAUUUUAUUCCACAUUUUGGAUUAUUACCAUCAUUAAAUUUAUUAUCAAUAGAAUCAUUAAAAACAAAUAAUGAAAUAUCUCAAAUGACUACAUUUUUAGAAGAAAUACAUUUUAUUUUAAAAAGAGGUAUUAGAAUAAAUGAUCAUUUUUUAACAUUAUUACAAUUAAUUAAUAUUGCUAAAGAAUUAUUUACUAUUUAA